AUGAGCGCAUUGCCUCUCGCUGCCCGUCCUCCCUACCGCCAUUCCUUGCUGGUGUCUGACACUCCCUCCUCUGGCUGGUGUGGUUUCUCCUCAGUGGUCUACAUCUAUGGGCCCCUGGAGACAUGGCAGCAGAUCAUGCGCCUGGUGCAUGCUCAGAACAUGACCAAUGGUGACUAUGCCUUCUUCCACCUGGACCUCUUUGGGGAGGUCCAGGAUGCAGAAGGCCUCCGAGAGGCCUUCCAGUUUAUCCCCAUACGCCUGGCCAAUCUUGGCGGAGCGGAGGCUCGAACCCGGGCGGGGAGGAGGCGCCUGGCUCGCCCCCGCCUCCUCCGGCCCGUCCCCCGACGGCCGAGCGAGCUGGGGCGGAGAGCUGGCUGCGCAACGAGCCGCAGCAUCUGCAGGGGGGACAGGGCGGCGGGCGCGGAGCUGCGAGGCGCCGGAGGGAUGGCCGGCCGGAGCACGGCGCUGCACCUCGCGGCCGGCGGAAUCGGUGGCACGGUGGGCGCCAUUUUGACCUGCCCCUUGGAAGUGGUGAAGACCCGCCUGCAGUCCUCCUCGUUGUCCCUGCGGCCCCUUUACCUACCUGCGGUACAGCUGCAGGGAGUGAACGGGGCACUGAUCCGCCCAUGUCUCCCUUCAGUAGGAGCACUUGAGCUUCUGAGAACCAUUCUUGAGAAAGAAGGAAUCCGCUCUCUCUUCCGAGGCUUGGGGCCUAAUCUCGUUGGAGUUGCUCCUUCCAGGGCCAUUUAUUUUGCUGCAUAUUCAGGGGCGAAGGAGAAACUCAACAUGGUUCUCGUGCCUGAGUCCAAGAAAGUUCACAUGCUCUCAGCAGCCUGUGCAGGAGUCACUUCGGCCACCUUGACCAACCCCAUCUGGCUGGUGAAGACCAGAAUGCAGCUGGAAGCCAGGGCCAGAGGGGAGGUACGUGGUAGUGCUCUUCAAUGCGCCAUGCGGGUUUACCACACGGAGGGCCUGCGAGGCUUUUACCGUGGGAUUUCGGCCUCGUAUGCCGGAGUCUCCGAAACAGUCAUGCAUUUUGUUAUCUACGAGGCGCUGAAGCAACGGCUGAGGGAACAUCGGCCUUUCUUGUCUCCAUCCCUCAACUUCACACCCAACAGCCAGGACUUCUUUGGGCUGAUGGGAGCAGCUGCUGUCUCAAAAACCUGUGCCUCGUGCAUCGCCUACCCACAUGAAGUCAUCCGGACACGGCUACGAGAGGAGGGUUCCCGUUACCUCUCUUUCAUACAAACCCUGCAGCUUGUGGUCAAAGAAGAGGGUCCCUCGGCUCUUUACCGGGGGCUUCCGGCCCACCUGAUCCGCCAGAUCCCCAACGCAGCUAUCGUCAUGGUCACCUAUGAACUGACUAUUCACCUGGCGACAAAAAUAUGACUCCUUUCCCU